AUGGCAUCUGACCAGCAAUGGGGAGUGAAACAAACUCUGCAGCCACCACCACAGUAUUACCAGUCUAAUUAUGUUGAUCCACACAUUACGGCAUGUGACAAUGAAGGACCACGAUGGCAAGACUUUCCAGCAACAUUGUUACCCAAGACUCCUCCACGGGACGGGCAACAGUAUUUUUCUUUGGCUGAUGGCAACGAAUUUGGUACAUCUUAUCCAGACGUGCCAGAUCAAAAAAGUGAGUAAAUUCCGUGAUCUUUAUAGUUUGAGGUUUCUGGCUAAUAAUCGAUAGCGCGAAGUGAACCACAUCCUGUCUUUAAUGGCUGGAAUGGAAUGAACGAGUACAUUCUAGCACAACAGCCGGUUUUCGAACAAAACAUAUUUGCUGAGCCUCAAUCAAGCGAGGAAAAUGCUCAAGGUCGUCGGCGUAACAUCUCUCCGAGUGCGCAUCUAUCCUGGAACAUCCAAUCCAAUUUUGAGGACAUGGAUCCAGGAAAGUUGAAGCAAAGAGAACCAAAAUUGAUGGCCACUUUGAAACCUGAUGCUUCCACCUUACGGAUGCAAGCCCCAACUUUCUCGGUUGCCCGUACUGGUUCAGUUGGUCCUGCCACUGAAUUGCCUAUCACGUUCAACAAUUUUGGUACCGGGGAAAGUUUUGGUACCAUAGGAGGUCAGCACGUGAGCCACAUCAACUACCGAAACCAGGGACAAUCGGAUCCAAUUUAUUCCGGUAUAAAUACAGACAAUAUUCAAAAUGCUAAUAUCAAUUCUGGUGUACGCAGAUAUGGAACAGGAGCAAACGCAACGACUGUGGCAUCUCGGAGCCCUUUUUACCACCCAGGAAUGGCAUAUACAGUCCGGGAUGGAUCGGAAAUCAGUAGGACUGUUGAAAAUUCCCAGUAUCCUCAGCAUACUAUGGGUCCCGAUCAUACUCCUGUACAUGUCUACACAGUGGUGGACUUCGAGCAUCGCCACGAGCCUCGGAACGGUCAGUCAGAAAUUGGACCCCCUAAUUUCAGAAAGUGGACCCGCACGAGCCAUGUGCAAGACAGCCAGCCUUCGACCCAACGAAAGCGCGCUCAAGUUAAUAAGGCAAAUGAUAGAGCAUUUCCUGUAACACUUUGCGAUCUAAACGUUGAACGCAUAUACAAACCAACAACUGAAGUUUUUGUGGGACAGGAACCCCAGAUGUUCGAUCAACAGGCAAUGCAUCGUGGCGGCUUUGAUAAUAUGAACCGAGAACUUCUCCUGGCGCCUGAAUUUCAGUCGGCAUACGAAGGUUCCAUGAAUGAGAAUUUAUCGCUGCCGCCAAAGGGCUUUUAUGAUCCAGCUUUCAAUUGCAGAAAGCACAAAAUAACGCAAAUUAUUGAGCCGGAGAACACAAAUUCAGACGCUCAAAACAUAAGUUUCCGCGACACGAUUCCAGCACCCAAGAGAGCUAAUAAUUGUGAGUCAUCUAAGAACGGGCUUUCAGCCUAUCUCAACAGCCACAAAUCAAAGUAUCCACGUGUUACGAUUACCGAAGAAGAGAUAAAAGUCAUUGACCCUGCUUACGAGAAUCGUUUUCGCCGAAAAUUUCAAGGCUUGAGAAACUCCAGGACUGCCUCCAAGACUCGUCGAAUAGACUGGGAUCAAGUGGAAUUGCUAAAUGCGUGAGUAUCCUCUCAAGCCCCGUCAUUAAAACAAAUUAGAUGAUCACUAACUACUCUCUAGACACCGCCGAGGAGCUAGGCAUAAUGAAAAAGAGCGUCGAAAGCUUUGUAGCCCCGGCGAAUACGUGCCAAAAUUCAUUUCUGCAGAAUACAAGCCCACGAAAAAACUUCGAAAAUACCAGGAUUCUUGGCUAGAGGCAAAGAAGGUGGGGGUGAUUUCUGAUACCUGAAUGAAUUGGAAAAG